AUGCUUAGAAAAUCACUCUUUCCGUUCACUUUCUUAUCCAAUUCUAUCACGUUUCUUCUUAUCCUCCUUCUGUGUCGAUAUUUAUUUUCUCUCUCUCUCUCUCUCUCUCUCUGCCACUAUCUCUUAUUUUCUCUCUCUAUAACCCUAUUUGUCUCUGUCUCUCUCAUGUCUCUACCCCUUUCUCUCUCGUUUUCUCUCUCUCUCUCUUGUUUUCUCUCUCUCUCUCUUGUUUUCUCUCUCUCUCUCUUGUUUUCUCUCUCUCUCUCUUGUUUUCUCUCUCUCUCUCUUGUUUUCUCUUCUUUCUGCCACUAUCUCUUAUUUUCUCUCUCUAUAACCCUAUUUGUCUCUCUCUCAUGUCUCUACCCCUUUCUCUCUCGUUUUCUUUCUCUCUCGUUUUCUUUCUCUCUCGUUUUCUUUCUCUCUCGUUUUCUUUCUCUCUCGUUUUCUUUCUCUCUCGUUUUCUUUCUCUCUCAUUUUCUUUCUCUCUCGUUUUUCUUUCUCUCUCUUUUUCUUUCUCUCUCGUUUUCUUUCUCUCUCUUUUUUCUUUCUCUCUCAUUUUUUCUUUCUCUCUCGUUUUCUUUCUCUCUCGUUUUCUUUCUCUCUCGUUUUCUUUCUCUCUCGUUUUCUUUCUCUCUCGUUUUCUUUCUCUCUCGUUUUCUUUCUCUCUCGUUUUCUUUCUCUCUCGUUUUCUUUCUCUCUCGUUUUCUCUCUUCCCCCUCCCUCUCUCUCUUUCUCAUACUCCCUUUCCACCUCCAUAUCUACAUCCUCUAUCUCUUCCCCACUCCAUUUUGUCUCUGGAUUUCAUUAUGUGUAUAUGUCCCCUCUUAUCGCUUUUGUUGUUCCUUUAAAAGUUCAAUAUUUACUUACCGUACAUGA